UUUCGAUGCUGCAGCCAGGUGUAUACACGGAUAAAGAGCCAAAUAUUGUAAACUUCGAUCCGUUCUACGGUUUACGAUACUGAUUUUCAGAUUUGGCUGGAGACGUAUGUUCCAUGAAAGUAUUUGCAUAAAAGUAUUUUAGACAUUAUGAAUAAGUUGACAGCACUUCACAACACACCGAGUACAGAGCACCAUAGUUACACUUUUCAAAAUUCCUAUGGUGAAAAUCUUGGCAAACAAUAAUAUACUUUUAAUUUUGGUGGCCAAGGUGAAAAUAAAGCUAGGUAUAUUUUUGCGCAUGCGCAUUUUACGCAGCCGGUGUACAUGGAGACAACAGUCUCUCACUUAUUAGUCUAUUUGUUUUGGUUGUUAGGGUUUUUAAAACGAUCUUGCAGAAUUGCUUUUCCAGUUAUUCAGAAUGAGUUCCUCAUUUGAGCUAGGAAAUGGUUUCCUAAGCUAUGCAAAUCCUAACUAUCAACGUGUUCCUUCAGAUGAAAACUGCAAUGUUGAGAUAGAUGAUCUCUAUGAAGAAUUAAAUGGACGAAUAAAUCACAAAACAGGUGUACGGAGCAGACGCAAGUAUGCAAAUUUGGAACCCUCAUCUAUGGGUGUAGAUCUUCAUUUAGAAAGUGAAAAUUCUGAAUCAUCAAAAUUACUAUAUUCUGGAAAUGGAAAUUCUGAAUUUGAUUCUAAUGAAAAUAAGGACACAGUGAAAAGAUCUAGCUUUUUAGAUUAUUAUCUAAGACUUGAAGCAAGUUUUCCUUCUGAUUCAGAUCCAUCUUCUCGAUCAUGUCGUUCAAUGUCUGAUAAGUUGUGCGAUUCAAUAAAUUUUGAUGAUUGUUCAUUUGAAAAUGCUGGAGAUUAUGAAUGCCUUCCAACUGGAUGGGAAAAACAUGAAGAUGAUAGUGGACCAUACUAUUGGCAUAUCAGUAGUGGAACAAUACAACGUGACCCACCCUUAUCACUUGGAAGUAGCUAUAAAAUUUCAACAGGACUGUCGAAAGAUCUUGAUAUGGUUUCCAGCAAGGAACAGCAUUGCUUCAAGACUUGUUCUACGUUUUGCAGCAAUAAUGUUCUCUUUAGUGCACAUUCUGAGGAAGAGAAACUAAAAAGAAGAAGCUGCCCGGGGGACUCUGGUGCUGUCCUCUCAGACAAAAGGCCUAUACGAUUUGCAGUGAGAUCUUUAGGAUGGGUUGAGAUUGCUGAAGCUGAUUUAACUCCUGAAAGAAGUAGUAAAGCUGUUAAUAAGUGUAUUGUAGACUUAUCAGUAGGAAGAAAUGAUAUCCUUGACGUUGUUGGUAGAUGGGGAGAUGGUAAAGACUUGUACAUGGAUCUAGAUGACUACUCUUUGCGUUUAAUGGAUUCACAAGAUUUAACGGUUCUUAAUACACAAUCUAUUCAUACAAUUCGAGUAUGGGGUGUUGGACGAGAUAAUGGACGUGAAAGGGAUUUUGCAUACGUUGCCAGAGACCGUGUGACAAAGAAAUACAUGUGUCAUGUUUUCCGCUGUGAUAUUCCUGCAAGAAUAAUUGCUAACACUUUAAGAGAUAUUUGUAAAAAAAUAAUGAUAGAGCGUAGUGUACAAAGAGGUAUAAAAAAACAGUCUUCUUCUGAGAAUAUGGAAGUGAAGAUUCCUGCUCGUCCAACUGAUUUGCCUGUGGAGCAAGGUUUGUUUCCAUUGACAGAAUCACAAAGUUCCUGUUCUGGUCAGCUUUUUCCUACCCCGAUGGAAGAACCGAAAAAGGUUUUGAAGGUGUUUUAUUUAGGGUCUACAAAUGUUGAUAAGGCUACUGGAGUUGAUGUACUUAAUGAAGCUAUUGAAAAGUUGUUUACUGCUAUUCCUAAAUCUGAUUAUAAAUUUGUUAAUGUGGCUGUAGCACCAUCAACCAUUACUAUUUGCGAAGAAAAUAAGCAACUGGCUGAAUGCAGAGUUAGGUUUUUAUCCUUCCUUGGUAUUGGUAAAAGUGUGAAGAUGUGUGGAUUUAUUGUGCAUACAGCACAAGAUGAUUUUAUAGCGCAUGUAUUCUUCUGUGAGCCAUCAUCUGGAGCUCUGUGCAAAACUAUUGAAGCUGCCUGUAAAUUAAGAUACCAAAAGUGCUUGGAUGCUCGUAGACAAAGUUCUAAUAUCAAUACAUCAGGUGUGAAAAAAAAGGACAUUAAAGCUGCUCUAAAAAAUGUGUUUGGAACAUUUUUUCCUGCCAGAAUGCGAAAGAGUGCUGAAACGUGAACUAGAUAAAUUAUCCAGCCAUAAUUAUUUGUAUAAUGCUAUUAUUUUCAUAGUCUCUUGUUUACAUCAUAGUUCUAACUUAAAAAUAUUUGCUUGCAAAAAAAAAAAAAAAAAAANAAAAAAAAAAAAAAAAAAAAAAAGAUAUGUCACUUUUUUCAAAGAUGAUAUUAAUAACUGCAAUCUAUGUAUAGUCAUAAUACUUUUUAUUGUAUAUUUAAUGUUGAGUUUGCUAUUGUAUGAUGUGUAAAAUGAAUCUGAUGUAAGGUACAUUCAACUGUCACCUUUAUUCUAAUGUAGGCUAAACCCAUUAGUUGUUUAUGAACACUAUAAUAGCAGAUAUUUUUACUUGAAUGGUUAUUCAAAUUAAUCACAAUGUUUUAUAAAUAUCUUAUUUUUAAUACAAACCCAACACUAAAAUUCAAAGUUCAAA